GGCGGUGAUCUGUAGAAGGGCUGGCCAUGUGGAAGCAGCUCAUAGGUCAAGUUCAAGAGCUCUUAGACCUUUACGGUUCUCCUCCGCCUCCGAUUCAUACUGUUCGGCCGCCGGAUUUUAUUUAUCUUCAACCUCCGACGCUAAUUACACAUUCGCAGCAAUUUCCCGAUGACAGAUGCUGUUUUUCGAACCUUGAAGACGACCCUACAGAAGAUGAUUGUUACAGUCUUAUAAUGAAAGGUGGGGAGUUCAAGAUAUCGGAACCUGGAAAGUCUCUGUUGUCAAAACGAGCUCGAAAGGAGCAACUUCCGGGGAAGUUAGACGAUGGCUCAAGUUCAAACACGGAUAUGGAAGCAAUCUGGAGAGAGUUCCCGGAAGACCUAUACGAGGCUGUCAUCGCACGACUUCCAAUUUCCACGUUCUUCCGGUUUCGGUCAGUUUGCCAAAAAUGGAAUUCCUUGUUGAUUUCUAGUAGUUUCUUCCUUCAAUGUGCUCAACUCCCACAAACACAACCUUGGUUCUAUACCAACAUAGGAGCCAUGUAUGACCCUGGCUCAAGAAAAUGGCACCACCCUACUCUACCCGCCAUACCCACAAAAUCUAUCAUCCUGCCUGUGGCUGCAGCCGGUGGUCUAGUCUGUUUACUUGACAUUGACCGUAGGAGCUUAUACGUAUGUAAUCCUCUUGCUAGUUCUUUCAAAGAGUUACCAGGUAGACCGGCUAGGGUCUGGUCAAGAGUAGCCGUAGGGAUGACCCUGAACCAGAAAUCAGCUAACGGUGGUUACCAAAUCAUGUGGGUUGGUUCCGAUGGUGAGUAUGAAGUUUACGACUCCACAAAGAACACCUGGACAUGCCCUGGAAGUAUGCCAUCUUGUAUCAAGCUACCAUUGUCGUUAAACUUCAGGUCACAGGCAGUGUGUGUAGACGGUUCGAUGUAUUUCCUGAGGUCAGAUCCAGAUGGGAUUGUGUCUUAUGACAUGGAAACUGGAGUUUGGAAGCAAUUUACAGUCCCGGCCCCUGUCCACCUGAGCGACCAGAGUCUGGCGGAGUGUGGCGGGAGGAUCAUGCUGGUGGGGUUGCUGACGAAAAACGCAGCUACUUGCGUAUGCAUAUGGGAGCUUCAGAAGAUGACUCUCUUGUGGAAGGAGGUUGACAGAAUGCCAAAUAUAUGGUGCUUAGAGUUUUAUGGAAAGCACAUUAGGAUGUCUUGUUUGGGUAACAGAGGAUUGCUCAUGUUAUCUCUUCGAUCCAAAGUAACGAGUCAAUUGGUUACCUACGAUAUCUCGAAAAAGGAGUGGGUGAAGGUCCCUGGUUGUGUGAUCCCGCAAGGCGGCAAGCGGCGGUGGAUCGCGGCUGGGGUUGCGUUUCACCCGUGUCUGCCUGCUGUGGCUUGAUAUAGUUUCAGCAUUUUGUUUAGAGUCUGUCUUUUUCGUAUUGAGCUGACUUUUUGAAUCAUUCGUGCCUUUUGUCAUAAAUAAACCAUGAUGCUUGGGAAAAAAUUGCAAAAAAGAAACUUGAUUUUGAAAUAACAAGCAAUUCUGACAGGUUGAUUAUCAAGUUAGAUGAUUUUACAAGGGAAAAUCUCAAAAAAAAUA